UCUACUUUUUCCGAGAUCCAGCAAAUUUACACGAAGCAGCUGCAGUCUCAUUACCUUGGAAUACGUUUGACAACUGUGCAAAGAGGGCUCCACCUCACGUCCAAUAACCUUCAGCGCACAGCACGCGCGCACUCACAGUGCACGAGCCUUCCUGCCCUGCUCCAGCCAUGAUAUCACUCCCAGGUCUCAAUCUGGCCGCGCCGCCUGCCGAGGCUCUCAGCGUGCCCACCGCGUCCAUUACAAGAGACCAAGAUCUGCCUGCGAACACCGAAUACCGCUUUGAGGUCGGUUUCUCGCGCACGCUCACAGUCCGCCUCCGAUCUGGCACCGCCGAGUACUUCGGCACCGAGCUCGCGCCCUCCACGACAUACAGCUUCCAAGGCACCAAGGGCGCAAUAUACACAUGGCACGGCUGCAAGCUCGAGCUGGGCGGUGAAGUCGAGUCCGAUUACGUUGCGGAAGAGACGCCCAUGAUGAGCCACGCGAAUCUGCACUUUGCGCUCGAGAUGCUGCGGGACCAGAGCGUAGCAAGCAACAAUGUAGAUAUGGGCCCCAGAGUGCUCGUAGUCGGCACCGAAAAUGCCGGCAAGACCGCGCUCGUCAAAACUCUUACCUCGUACGCCGUCAAAAGCGGCCGCCAGCCCUUGGUCAUCAACCUCGACCCCCGCCAAGGCAUGCUCAGCGUGCCCGGCUCCUUCUCCGCCGCAGCCUUCUCCUCUAUCGUGGACAUGGAGGAGGGCUGGGGGAGCAGUCCGAUUUCCGGCCCGAGCCCGCUCCCCGUGAAGAUGCCGCUGGUGUACCACUACGGGCUGAAGGACCCAGAGGAGAGCAAGCUGUUCAAGCCGCUGGUCACGCGCAUGGCGCUCGCGGUGACGAGCCGGCUGGAGGAGGACAGGGUAAGCAGGCAGGCGGGCUUCAUUAUCGAUACAGCGGGGUCCAUCAGCGGCGGCAGGGGCGGCGUGUACGACAACAUAGAGCAUAUCGUUUCCGAGUUCUCUGUAAACAUCCUCAUAACCCUCGGCUCCGAGCGCCUCUACUCAGACCUCUGCAAACGCUUCUCCCCGCAGGCCCGCACCGACGAACCGGUAACCGUGCUCCGCAUCGACAAAUCAGGCGGCUGCGUCGACCGUCCUGAGGCCUACAUGGUCGCGCUACGGCACGCGCAGAUCCGGGCGUAUUUCUUCGGCCACGGCGAGGACGCGCUGGCGCCCAGCAGCAUGACGGCCGACUACGCGGAUUUGAACAUCUUUCAGAUUGUCCAAGCGGAUGAUGCCGCGUUUCAGGCCGGGGACUACGAUCCCUCGACUGCGGGGAGGGAGCUGUACGAGCGUGUGUCGCCCAGCGCGCUGCUGACGAAUAAGUUGCUUGUGAUCACUACUGCGAGCCCGAAUGAUCGGCAUGAGGUUAUCAGGGAUAGUAGCGUGAGGGGGUAUAUCUAUGUGGCCGAUGUGGAUGAGGCGAAGAGGAAGGUUCGGCUGCUUAGUCCGCAGCCGGGGCAUUUGCCGGGGAACGCGAUGGUGUUGGGCACGUGGCCGGAGGAUGUGGCGGGGCUUGUUAGUUAGGCUGGGGUGGGAUGAAGAGAAUAUAGUGAAUUCAAGUGUGGUGUCAUUGU